AUGCCAAUUGUUGCAACUCCGGUACCACUCGUCGAUUGGAACACCUUGAAGAAGCGGUGGAGCUACCUGACAGAUCUGCCAUUAGAGAGCAAUGGUGGGUGCGUUGACAUCCUCCUUGGUAUAGAUCAAGCGCAUUUGAUGACGGCUAUUGAAUCCCGAAUCGGACAGGCGGAUGAACCAACAGCCAUCCGGACCCGCCUGGGAUGGAUCGUCAGAGGAGUAAUCAAGAAUACCUACAAAAGCCUGAUGGCGAGGACGUACGCAGUUUUUGCCGACAUAGAAGGCAGUGACGCGCUAGCGCAGCAGAUGCGGCGCUUUUGCGAUACCGAAGAUUUUGGGACCGAACACAAAAUUGACUGUGUUUCCGAAAUCGAUAAACAAGCUAUCGAUGUUCUAGAAAGUGGAACGCGCAGAUUGACCAUUGGCUAUGAAGUUCCGAUCACUUGGAAGGUCGGGGAACCAGAUUUACCGAAUAACAGACCUUUAGCUGAGCGGAGAUUGACUACGUUGCUGAACAGAUUUAAGGAAGAUCCGGCAUUUGAGCAAGACUACCGAAGAGCCAUGGAAAGGAACUUUGAGAAGGGCUACGCAGUGAUGCUGGAGACCACCGAUUACGGCCCACCGGAAUACUAUCUUGCUCAUCACGGUGUGAGAAAGGGCCCCAAGUUACGCGUCGUAUUUGAUGCUGCCGCUCCAUUCAAGGGGAAAUGCUUGAACGACAGUAUCCUCAGCGGUCCAGCUCUUCAAACCCCGCUAGUAUCUGUCAUCCUUAAAUUCCGUGAAGGUGGUAUCGCAUGGGCAGCCGACAUAGAAGCCAUGUUCAGCAGAAUACGACUGAGAAAAGAAGACGCGCGCUACUUUCGGUUCCUAUGGAAAAGGGACGGGGAGGAACAAGUCCGUGUUUGUGAAAUGAAGCGACUUCCAUUUGGUGCUACUUGCUCGCCGUUCAUUGCGAUUAGUACCAUUCGCAGAAUAGCUACUGACAUUAGCAGUGAUCCAAGAGUCAUUGACGCAAUCAACACGAAGAUGUAUGUAGAUGACUACCUCAGCUCCGCCACAUCACUAGAGGAAGCCAUUAAAGAAGCUGUAGGCGUUAAAGAAACACUGGCAAAGGGAGAUAUGCACCUCCAACGUUGGAUUUCUAAUUCUGCAAGUUUCCUGAAAAUAUUAGCAUCUACAAGCGUAGGCUCUAGUGGUGACCUGACCGAGCUCCCACUCAGCAGAGACGACUCCGAAAAGGUCCUCGGCGUUUACUGGAAUCCUAAGAUGGAUACGCUAAAAUUCAGAGUGAACGCAACAGACGACAUCGACUUCACCCCCGUCGGAAUCGCAAGUAAGGUGGCAAGUCUGUUUGAUCCACAAGGAAUGGCGGCUCCCGUUAUCGUAAAGGCCAAGAUCAAGUUAAGGGAACUUGGAACCAAAGGACUUCAGUGGAACGAUCCCGUAAGCAGCGAGGACCGCGAUUGGUGGGAGGCAUGGUUUGACGCUUUAAGACAGCUGAAUGAUCUCAACAUCCCACGCUGUUUAUUCCCAGAGGAAGAGAACAUUAUACGUACGGAGCUACACGCCUUUGGUGAUGCUUCGGAAGAAGCCUACGCCGCCGUGAUCUACAUUCGGAACGUUUACUCCGAUGGACGAACAAUCGUGCGACAAGUUCGAGCAGUGACCAAAUUGGCCCCAAAGAGGACUAUCUCUGUGCCGAAGUUAGAACUGAACGCUGCUCUGCAAGCAGCUCGUCUAGCACGUUCAGUAGAAGGAGCAGUCACCCGAAUCAUACACCGUCGGUACUUUUGGACCGACAGCAGUACUGUAAGAAAUUGGAUUCGGGCAACCGCGUCAAAAUAUCAAAUGUUUGUCAGUCACCGAGUUGGAGAAAUCCAAACAUUGACUCAACCAGAAGAAUGGCGUUUCGUGCCGGGCAAAACAAACCCAUCCGACAUUGCUACACGCUCGGCCAUUGGAGAGGAAGGUCUCCCUCCACGUUGGUGGAACGGGCCGAACUUCCUCCAUGAAACCGAAGAAAACUGGCCCGCCGAUCUCCCAUGGAUGGCCGUAGUUGAGGAGAUACGACCCGUACGAUCACACCAGGUUGCUGCCACCACAUCCACAUUUGAUUGGGAAAACGUCAAGGUCAGCGUGGAAGACAUCCCAGCCUUGCAUUUAGUGAAGAAACAUCGCCUGAAGAAAGGAAAAUGGCUUCAACCCACAUCUAGCUUACUCUCCCUAGCACCAGUGAUCGGGAUAGAUGGACUCCUAAGACUUGGUGGCCGAGCCGGGCGAGCUAAAUUGCCUUAUGAAGAACUGCACCCGCCACUGCUGCCCGUUCACCAUAUUUUCACCAAAACCAUUGUACGAGCAUUUCACAUCCACCUCAAGCACGUCGGAACGGACUACCAGAUCAGCUAUAUUAGACAACACUUCUGGAUACCUGGAGGCCGGGAACUGGUGAAGAGGAUUCGACGCGAGUGCGAACGGUAUCAACGAGAACGAGCUAAACCAGGCGAGCAACUCAUGGCCGAACUUCCAGAUUCGCGACUAGAAGCUGGCUCAGCCCCAUUCACUCGCACCGCAUGUGAUCUGUUUGGGCCAUUAGAAGUAGGCCUCUCACGAAAUCGCACAGCAAAACGAUGGGCUGUCCUAUUUACCUGUCUCGUUACCAGAGCUGUCUACCUAGAUCUCGUGAAUUCGCUAUCUACGGACGACUUUCUUCUCAGCCUCCGACGAUUCAUUGGGCUAUACGGCAAACCUCGUGUAAUCCACUCCGACAACGGAACCAAUUUCGUCGGUGCUGAACACGAACUGCGAAAAGAAACUCAAAGAUUGUACACCGACGAGCACAUCAGCGACUUCAUGAACUCUAAGAAAAUUGACUGGCGAUUCCAGCCACCUAAGACACCCCACUUUGGAGGAGCACACGAGUCUCUUGUGCGAUCCGCGAAAAGGGCGCUAUAUGCCGCUCUCGACUUGGAAGGUCAGAAGCUGCGAUAUCCAGCGGAAGAAACACUUCGUACCCUCCUUUACGAGGUGGCCGGUCUGUUAAACGGCCGCCCUCUCACAGCAGCUAGUGCCGACCCGAACGAUUUUCGUCUCUUAACGCCCAACGAUUUUAUGAAUCGCCCGAGUUGUGCCGACCCGCCGGUCGGAACCUUCGACGAUGCGCUACCUAGAGAACAUUAUAGAUAUGUUCAAAGAAUGGCCAAUUUAUUUUGGGACCUUUGGAAGAAGGUCUAUCUCCAAUCCCAGGCCGGAAGAAAAAAAUGGAGAAACCCGCAGCCCAAUUUCAAAGUAGGAGACGUCGUUCUGGAAAUCGACAAGAGCCUACGACGUGGACAAUGGAACAUCGGCCGGAUCAAAAAUGUAUUCCCGGGAUCGGACGGCCUAGUUCGAGUCGUUGAUGUGCAGCUCGAAAGAGGUCUGUUCCGUCGUGGAAUCGAUACUCUUGCACUGUUGGAAUCCAGCUCAGCCGGCGAUACCGUUCCGGAACCACCAGCCUCGGGGAGGAUGUUCCGGCGAAGAACUAAACCUUGUUAUUAUUUCCCUUAUUGA